AUGGUUUCUCCUGAGUGGCAAUUAUUGAUUGACGAGAAAAGAGCUCACCGCGAUGCCUGCAUUCCAUUCGAAUGGCGUGUCCCAAAGCACAUUGUCGACAAGGUGUCUCCAGAAGCCACCGUCAGCGCUUUUGAUUUGCUUCGGGAGUCAGAGCUUCUCACUGAAAGAGAUAAUGAACUCACCGAACUCUAUGAUGCUACUUCUCUUCUUGAGUUGCUGGCAGCGAAGAUUGUUUCAUCCGUUGAAGUGACGACGGCAUUUUGCAAGAGGGCGGCAAUUGCCCAGCAGCUGACCAAUUCUCUGACUGAGAUUUUCUUUGACGAAGCGAUCGCUCGCGCGCGCUCCAUGGACGAAUAUUUGCAGAAAGCAGGCAAGCCAAUGGGUCCGUUCCAUGGGCUGCCUAUCAGUGUAAAGGACAUGUUCGAUAUCGAAGGGCAAUUCACAACGCUCGGCUAUGUUGCUCACCUGAAAAAUCCGAAAGCCACAAAUAACGUGGCCAUUGUGGAUAUCUUGCUUCGUGGCGGAGCAGUUCUUUACUGCAAGACCACUGUACCUCAAGCUCUUUUCGCAAUGGAAGGGUUCAAUUAUGUUUUUGGUCAAGCAAUGAAUCCGCAUAAAUUGUGCCUAGGAACCGGCGGUAGCAGCUCAGGAGAGGGUGCAUUGGUUGCGUUCCGAGGAUCCGUUCUUGGGGUGGGUAGCGAUAUGGGUGGUUCUAUCAGAGCACCCUCACUUUGCAAUGGAACUUUUGGGGUGAAGCUUUCGGCGAAUCGUUUACCAUACAAACCCCAGAAAGAGCUUUUCCCGAAAGGAUGGCCGGGCAUCAUGCUUUCGAUCGGCCCGCAUGCCAAUUCCGCCCGUGACCUGACCUUGUUUUGCAAAUCUGUCUUGCAGAUGGAACCUUGGCGGUUGGAACCGAGGAAUUUGGCUAUUCCUUGGCGGAAUAUUUCGAGAAAGGAACAUCUCAAGAUCGCUGUUUGGUUGGACGACCCUGAUUUUCCUGUGUCCCCGCCUGUUUCGAGAAUCAUGGCCUCCGCAGUAGACGCGCUUCGGAAGGCCGGUCACCAGGUUCGCAUGCUCACCGAGCCUCCCUCGCUACUAAAGGCAUUCAACACAGCCAGGAAAUCCCUAUCUUUCGACACUGACCAGACUGCAAUCAUCCCCUUGCGCAAGGCAGGCGAAAAAAUGGGGCCGAUUCUGGAACAAAUUUUUGAGCAGGCCCCCGGCUCGAGUGGUACCCCCGGUCUAUCAGACGUUUUGAACGUCAACGCCUCCAAGGAGGAUCUCCGAGAGCAGCUUGCAAAGAUAUGGCAGGGUGAGCAAUUGGACGCACUUAUUUGUCCAGGAUCGCGCAACACUGCUGUACCGCACGGAGAAUAUGGCAUUCCGGCAUGGACUAUGAUAUGGAACUUGCUAGACUUCCCCGCUAGUGUGAUCCCUUACUUAAAGGCUGACAAAUUUCUGGAUGAUAAGAGCAUGGACGAAUAUAAUGCCGACGUUGUCCAUGGGGCUCCGGGAAGUAUACAAGUCGUUGGAUGGCCGCUCCAGGACGAAGAGCUUUUGAUGGCUACCGAAGUCAUUUCCUCAGCGCUCUGUUCCGCAUCGGACCAUUAG